AAAUCUGAUUGGUUCUCUUGACGUGUCGCUGGCGACACUCGCUGUUCUGAGAACGAGGCUUAAAUUCUGCUGCAGCCCGUAUAUGGGCGUUACGUGUCCUUGUAUUCUUUACCCAUACGACCCCUACCAACCUUUGAAUAAGAUACCAACAUACCAACAAAUACCAAAACACAAUAUGUCAUCUCUGAUAUUAGUGAUAUUUGAUAACAUUUUUAAAGAAUUUGUGAAUUUAAUUCUAUGUAGUUCAAAAACAAAUUAAAUCGAUAUCAUUAUGGCCUCAAGGAGCUUAACAGAUGUGUUUCUCUUAAUGAGAAACAAUGCCAUUCGAAGCAGGCAAAUAUAUCCUGAACAAGUAAGGUUCUAUAUUCUAUUUUAUAUUAAUCUCCCCAGUUUGUAUAUUUAUAUUUCUAUGCAGGAUUCGUCGGAAAGAAUGCAUUUAGUGUCUUUGAACGACAUGGAAGAAGGAUAUGCAGAUAGAAAUGAUAACAGAAUGCCUCCACCUUGGAUAGAUUACCUGGAAAAGGCUCAAAUGAUUUUACCUAGACUUAGGACAAAAAUUAAUGAUCUUAGAUCUCUGCAUUCCCGACAUUUACACCGGUCAACAUUUGAUGAUACGCCUGAAGAUGAAAUUGCUAUUGAAAAUUGUACUCAAGAAAUCUCUAGGAUGUUCAAUGAGAUACAUAGACUAUUACAAAUAAUAAAAAGCCAUUCAACAGAAAAUGGACUAAAGGAACAGAGACUUACGAUUAAUGUUUAUAGGUCGUUAGCCAAUGUUUUACAAGACCUUUCGUUCAGUUUCAGAUCAACUCAAAACAGUUAUUUAAAACAAAUACAAUCUAGAGAAGAUAGGUCAAAAGUAUAUUUUGAUCAGACAGUAGAAAUAGAUUUAUUAAAUAAUGAAUCUGAGGAGAUAGACAACUAUUUUGUUAAUUCCCAAAGAAUGUCUCAACAGCAAUUGUUGAUGCUUGAGGAAGAAAACACAAGGUAUGCCCAGGAGAGAGAGAAAGAGGUUAAUGCAAUUGUUAAAUCUAUUGUGGAUUUAAAUGAAAUAUUUAAAGACUUGUCUCAUAUGGUCGCAGAACAGGGUACUGUCUUAGAUAGAAUAGAUUAUAAUAUUGAACAAACAUCAGUACAAGUGUAUGAAGGGUUUAAGCAGUUACAAAAAGCAGAUGCCUACCAAAGAAAAAACAGAAAAAUGUGUGCUAUAAUAAUAUUAGCUUCCGUGACAAUAGUACUAUUUUUUAUAUUAAUUAUUGUUAAGUCUUAGUUUUGUAUAUUGUUAACUGUGAUUUGUUCUAUUUAUUUAACAUUCCUGUAUAUAUUUUGUUAUUUUAAGUAUAAUUCUGAAAAAAAAACUUAUAGAAGAGAAAAACUACCAUACAACUAUUGACUUGUUUUAGAUUAAGUAUAUAUACGAGAUAAAUCAUUAUCACUUAUAAACAUUUUCCCCUAUACAAUUUUUUAUAGAUAAUAUUUGAUCUACCUUGGGUAGACGUAUACAGAUGUACAUAAAUAUAAAUAAAAAACCAGAAUCAA